UGGGGUUAGGAAAGAUAGAUGGGAAGAGAGUGUGUUGUAUGAAAAUCGCUCCGUUGAUUAAACUGAAAGGUUCUUCCCUGGUUUAUAUGAGUGCGUUCUGAACAGGACCAGCAAUUGUAUCGUUCCCGAUUGAAGAUUAUUUGCCUGAUUGUUUUCUGCUGCAAUAACUGUGUGCUCAGCUCCAUGGCAGGCAUAAAAGCUCUGGUGAGCCUGUCGUUCGGUGGAGCCAUAGGACUGAUGUUCCUAAUGCUGGGGUGUGCCUUGCCACAAUACAACAAGUACUGGCCACUUUUUGUCUUGUUCUUCUAUAUUCUUGCGCCAAUCCCAUACUGCAUAGCAAGAAGAGUGGUGGAUGAUACAGACGCAGCAAGCAAUGCUUGCAAGGAGCUUGCUAUAUUCCUCACUACUGGAAUUGUUGUCUCUGCAUUUGGACUUCCCAUUGUCUUUGCCAGAGUACAAGUGAUAGAAUGGGGAGCGUGCGCUCUAGUCCUUACAGGAAACAUGGUAAUCUUUUCUACUAUUUUAGGAUUCUUUUUAGUCUUUGGAAAUAAUGAUGACUUCAGUUGGCAACAGUGGUGAAACGAAAUCUGUGGAAUUGUCCGCAAGCAACCAUUAGGCUCAAUAUGGUUUCCAUCCAUUCAGCGGAAAGAAGGAAGAGAGGACAUAGAAAUAACCAGUUUUACCCUGGGAGUAAUAUGUGGAUUCUGAAACAUAGCCAUACUUUUUGCCAUGGACAUGCAGAGUGGCCUGCCAGGAACACGCUUAUACCAAGAAAAUAUUUUAACUUUUAUUUCUUAUUUUCUUAACAUUUUUGUGUUUUAUUUAGAAUCUUUUCUGUAUAGUUUUGGUCUAAAAAUUUAUUUUGUCCUAUAUAAUUCAGAAAUAGUAUUUUUCAUGUUGGCAUUUUUUUUUUGUACCACUGAAGGUAUGAGGCCCUUGGGUCUAUUCCAUUUGGACCACCACUGACCACUAGAGAUAGUCACUUUUCAUUUAUAAGCCACUUUAGAGGCUUAUUCUUACAUGAACUGUUCAUAGCACUGAAAUGACCCAAACAGCUUGUCCUGUUUGCCCUCCUGCACAACUUGCAAUAAGUUUUUUCCUGCUUUUUGUUAUAAAUGUAAUAAUAAUCGCUGACCCUGCAUGUUGCAUGUAAGUAGCUAAGAAGGUUUGUUUUAGGCAUGGUGUAAACCCUUACAAAAAAUAUUGUCAUAUAUCACUAGUUCAUGUUCUGGUUUUCAUUAAGCAUUCAUGUAUUUUAGGCACUGAUUUAAAAUUAUUAAAAUAUCCCCUUAGGUUAGUUAUGAGAUUAUCAAAGGCACCGGUCUGCAUUCAUUUUGGUUAAGAAUCAUGUUACUUUGUGUAACGAAUGACCAUGGAAUGAAGAAAUAUCAGGCAACCAAAUGAAAAAUGCUGUAGAGAACUCUGUAGCAGACCCUGGCAUUUCAUGGGCAGUCUUCUCAUCUUUCUUCAAAGAGAAAAAAAUGUAUGAACCAUAGUGCAGUACAUUCUAACCCGGGCCAUACAUUGAAAAUCCAAGCUUGUCAAGUCACUAAACAACACCCAGGUGGUGGACCAAAUUACAGUCUCAGAGCAUUUGGUCCACCUGAGCCGAAAAUUUCUUCGCAUAGGGAUAUAGUCUAUGCAGACCUGUUGAAAGGACCGCAUUGAAAUUUUACACCACAAUUUUUUUACCCCAGAAAAAUACAUUUAUAGAAAUGUAAGUUAUUAUUAAAAUAUAUCCUAGAGCAUAAAAACUAGAUGGAGUAGUUUGAAUUAAAUACGUUUCUGUGCUGGCUCCUGAAAUUAUCUUACUGAUUUUUUCAGCUGUAUUGCAUUCAAAUAUAUUUGGAUAUAUUUAUUCAACCCAAAUACUUCAUUGCACAAUCCAUUGGUGUCAGGAUAAAUAACCUGCCAGUCCUAUUUUGAAUUGCACAAUAGACUGAUUAUUAACUGUUAUUUAUUAUAUAAAAAUAUAUAUACUUUUUCCAAAUAUACAUCUUUACACAUAAGCAUUUUGCCUUUUGCAGAAGUUUUUACAUUCUUCUCUAAGCUUUUACACAAUUCUACACUGACACAAAGGCAAACAGAAAAAAAAACAAUACUGGAUAACAUAUUGGAGGGAUUUUACAGCUUAAAAAACUUUGCUUUAUAAAGCGUAUUGUGUACUUUUAGUCGAGACGGUCCUAAUAUAUUUAAUUGUUAGAUGUUGUAAAAACUCCUCAUGUUUGGCUACGUCAAAAAUCAACCCAACUCGGAGUUGCUACAACUACAGUAUGAUGCAUAAUUCAUUACAUUAGAAUUCUUUCCCCUUACUUUUAAUUAAUUUGUGCUGUUAUCUGUCAAAGUUUAAAAAAUAUGUUAACCCCCUGUAUACAUGCACAUACAGGUUGCAAAGUUGUUUCAUGCUGGUGAUUGACACCACGGACAAAAGGUUGACAUGCAGAGCAUUGCUAUUGUUAUUAAAUGGCAUUUUAUUUUAAAAUAAAAUCUUUGAAAACUGGAUUUCAUUUAUAAUAAGGUUAUGGAAAAACUUGUGAGAUGCUUUACUAACCCAUUAAAUACGGUAGUAUUUCUGCCCUUGUGUAUACAUCUUAUUCUCAUGUAGUUUUAUUUAAUUUUAGUUUGAUUUGAAUGGACUAGAAGAAUAGACUGACAUUUACGACGUUUUGUGUGCACAGACAUGCCAAAGCUUAUGUAUAUGUAAUAGAGGGGGUUGCUAUACUUAAAUAUAUUAAAUAUGAAAAGAAGGUAUGUUCAUUACUAUGAUGGCUUAGCUUAAAAUCACAUUUCUGAUCUUUGCCACAAAGCUUAUUGAACAGUGCAAGCAACCAAGGCAUUACUGCUUUAUAAUAUGUCUGAAUGUUUUUAUGAGUUUGUAUACUUCAUGCAUUUGACAUCAUCAAUAUUGCCGUUUUGUGACCUGCGUGAAAAUAUGGGUUACUUUCCUUAUUAAAAGGAAAAGAUAAAAGAGUAGAUUUCUUUUAAUCUUUGAAGGGGAGCUCUUAGCAUUUUUAUAUUGUUCAUCGUUCAUUUAAAAAAACAAAUAAAAUUGUGCUUCCUUUUGUUUUCUGCUGCAGGUGCACAGUUUUGUUAAAUAAUAGCAGGGAAAAAUGAUUACACUGACAGACCUCAUCACAGUUUAAAAUACUUCAAUGUCGUGAUAUAUUGUUUAUUAGGAAUAUAUAUUGCUUAUUUUAUUUAAAUUUGGCCACACAAAUAACUGACCAAUCUGUGCAACGACAUCAGGCAUAAAACAAACGAUAACCAUACUAGGAAACUGUAACUUUUCCAAUAAAGUUGUUUCAAAUACCA